GAGUGGCGCAGAGGAAACGGUGUUGAGGCGGCCCUGAGGAUGAGUUUUAUAGCCUCUUGCCUCCUUCCCGGACAUGGGAGCGGCCAACAGGGUAUGCAGAGUUACAGCUGCAAAAGGAUUGUGACCAGAAAGGAUUACUGAAACACAGCCUCUUUUCAGACUCUGAAUUUGAUGAACUGCCUUAAUAUCUCAUUCUCAGAUAAGAAAGGCAGGUAUGACAGUAAGUCCUAUGAGUCACCGCUGAAUGAUGACUUUUUAUGCAAAAAGUGUUAUUGUAUCUUAAAUCAGAAUCAUAAGACAAGUCUUAGCAGAACAUAACCCUUACAGCAGUCUGGUUAAGAGUUUAUAGUAAAAUAAUCCCCUUUGCAAUUUUGGAUUACAGCCACAAUGGCUGCCAUUCAGGAUGUUAAGUGGUGUACAAAAUAUCAUGUAUGGACAAAAACCUGCUGCCAUGGAGUUUGUUUUAUAAAUGUUACAAUGGAUCAAAGUUAUUUUGGCUUUUUGUACAAGGUGUUUAUUUUCGUUGGCAGUGAAAAAUCUUCAGUGAAAGGCUCUUUGUACGGAAAAUGAGGAACAGGAUCAAAGAGCUUCUAAAAAAACCCACCCCACGGUGGAACAGAGGCAGGGGAAUGUAAAGUCAGAGAGGUCAGCUUUGUGAGAGUGUUUGGUGAUAAACACAUAAUCUGAUGCUGACUUGUUUUGUUUCCCGUUCUCGUAAAGCAGUGUCCACCCCAUGAAUCCUCCACCUCUUCUGAAAUUUGACUAACAAGUCAGCGCCUGCUUCAGACCUGAGUUUACCCUCUUUCGCUCCCACGAGUGUUGUCAGGAGUCAUUUCUUAGCUCUCUCAGCAUGACAGGAACAGGCUCAGUAGCAUUCUCUGUUUACAGCAGAAAUCAUCAGACACAGACAUGACAGGAUUCCCUGCAACGCCCUCAGAAGCGCUGUUUCUCCAGGAUGCUAUCUGCAUGUGAAACAUCGUAGUCAUCAUCGCUUGCAAAGAGAGAGCCACCUUGCUGAAAGGGUGUGGGAGUGUGAUGACAAAACCUCACAGUGUGCCUCAUCUCUGCCUGCUGGCUAUUUUGAAUCCUUAUAAGAAUAUAUGUAAAUACACAAACACCAUGUUGUGUACUGUAUCCAAGGAAACAGGAAACCACAAAGUAAUAUUUCAAAGAUGAAACCUUUGGCCCAGACAGUCAUACACAAGCACUCCAGUUAUUUUCCUGAACCAGCCAAGUCUGUGAUUGAGUAACAGGUAAGUCAGAGCAGAGGUAUGGGACAAUUACAGUAUAUGUAACCUCAUAUUAAAGCACCAGUGCAAUGCACAAACACACACACACACACACACACGGUCCUGUCACUGUGUCUCCCUGAACAAUCCCUCCACAGCUUGUGUUGUCGCCUGUUUGAAAGCGGCUCAGUAAUCCUGGAUCAGAGAGCACAAAGGGUCCCAGAGUGCUAGUGAUGUAAGCACUAUGUCCAGUCCUCCGCUUUCCCUUCUUUUGCAUGCAGCCUGGGGGGUGAGGUGGAACAGCGAGUUGCAUCCCUGUGGUAGCUGAGCCUGUGGACACAAGCCCACCGGCAGGCUAACUGCAGCCAGUCUGCUCUGUCUCAGGGGCCGGCUGUGGGUGACCCGGGACCCAGUGGGAAGCAGUAAGAGUCGAGCAGCUCGCUAUAGAGGAAUGUGGCUAAGCUGUGGGGAGUAUUGGACUGUCUCUGUGUGACAAGGUGAAUAAACUGAACACACUUACUGUGGCUGAUUCGCUGAAGGCCACGUUGCUUUAGGACUCGAUGGACUUGCUGCAGGACUCCAGUCACACAAUGUCAGGCCUGAAUGCCAGAUUGAAGGGCUUCAUGGAGCAGGUGAACAGGCUGCAUGAGGCUAACCGCCGACUGGAGGGUCAGAUAGCCGAGUGGGGCAUUAGGACCACUUCACAUAGCUGCAACUGGUCCCAGCAGGAGCAGACUGUCAAGGAGCUCCGGAACCAGGUGGGUAAGUUACUGAUGGAGAACGCCCAACUGGCAUUACAGUCUGACAGCAUGAAGUCCAAAGCUGCUGCUAUCAGAGCCAGGUGUGAAUCAGAGGAGAGGAACACCAGGUGUCUGGAGCAACAAGUGGCGCUGCUCAGGGAGUCCAAGAGGCAGGUGGAUCAGAGCAGCAAGCUGCUGCAGACAGACUUUCACCGCUCCAUGGUAGAGCUGCAGGAGAUGAACCAGGAGUUUGAGGCAGCCCGGGCUCUGCAGCUGCAGCGGGCCAGCUCCUGCGAUGCUCUGUUAGCGACAGCAGCAGCAGCAGGAGGGGAGGAGGAGGAUGGCACAGGGAUGGAGCUCACCCAGCUCCUCGACAGAAUCAGAUCGCAGUGCGACCAAAGCAGACUCUCCGGCCCAGCUGACAGAAAUCUUGGCCUGGGAUCCAUCUCAAAUCCAGGCUCUGGUUUGGUUGGGCCCAGUCGGUCUGCAGGUGGAGCAGCAGCAGCUUCCAGAACACACAGAGGAGUUCUUCGUGAGGAGGAGGCAGCAUGGGCACAGGUGAGCCUCGGUGGCACUGCCCUGAGGGAAGCACGGGCCGAGCUAGCCGAGGCCAGAAAGCAGUGGCACUCCCUGCAAGUGGAGAUUGAAACCUUACAUGCCUUGGAGAAAGGCCUGGAGACCUCACUGCAGCACACCCAGCAGCUGUACUCCAGCCAGCUGCACGACCUUUCCCAGGUGAUCGCUGGGCUGGAGAGCGAGCUGGAGCAGGUGAGGAGCGGAUUAGCCACCCAGCGCCAGCGCCACAGCCAGCUGCUCAACACGAAGAUGAGGCUGGAGCGAGAGAUCGCCACUUACCGACGGCUCUUAGAGCGAGAGGAGGGCAGGUACAUGGGUCGUCAUGGGCAGCCAAUGGGUCUGCAGCCUUGGAGGUCUCCUGUGGUAGAGCAUAAGGAGAACGGGAUGGAGAGCGACUUCAGUGAUCCAGCUGUUACUCCAGAUGAACCCAAGUCUGAACCCCUUCCUGACAUACCGCCACUCCUCCCUUCUGAAAACGGACUGAAAAAAGGCAUGCUGUACAGACAGCAAAGCCUUGUGAUACUCACCGAGCCAGAACAAGAUAAAGACUCACCUAUCGCCACUGUGAAGACUCAGGAGAUUCUUCAGGGCAAUGUGGUGAGGGAGAGUGCAGAGGGUCACGGCACCAUUGAGACAGAGAAAAUUGACAAGGUGAUAAAGCAGUGGGAGGGCUCCUUCUUCAGAGGGAAUCCUAAGCUGCGGAAGAAAUCGGUGUCGCUGCGUUUCGACUUGCACAUGGCUGCAGCGGACGAGGGGUGCGCCCAAACCAAACAGGACAGCCUCCCCGACGUGGAGGUGCGUCUCAUCAUGAAGAGGUCUCGCAGCAUUUCAACCAUCGCGCAGUGACAACCAUCGCGUUCAAGCAAAGGUCAUGCUGGCAAACAGCAGUUUGUGGUAACACCAGUGUCUCUGAGGAUGCUGAUGCCUGGGAAACUACUAUCCAUUUCCAUUAUGCUUUCAAAUGCAACAUUCACUGAACUUUGCAUCGUGCAGGUGACUGAGGUUUCCCUUCACAUCUGGACUCUGGCACAAGUGUUUAUAAGUUAUGUGGCUGAAUUUUAAAGUGCCAGAGAAAAAACUACAUCACAGAGGAUUUAAAAUGUAAAGCAUAGUUUUGUCAGACUGGAUAAAAGAGAUUACAUGAAUGAUAAUAGCAUUUAAUUUCGAUUAACACUUGCAAUGCAGGAGACUGAAGAGAUAAAAGGUAGCAGAUGUUAACCAGCUGCUGUGAAGUGAGGGUGAAUUUAUUGGUAGAUUUUCAGUGAAGGACUGUAUGAAAGAUAUUUAUGUGUAAACUUUCCAGUUGGCUUUUGUCGCUAUCUAAUAACACCCCAGGAGAAAAAAAAAACUAAAGGAAUUAUGCUUUUGAAGUGAAUCAGAAUCAUUUGAAAUUGUCCUUCUCAGUCCUUGUGGGUGACAUGAGGUCUAUGUGGGAUUUAUGUUUAUUUCAGGAAAAUGUCAAAGUUUAAAUUGGAUCAAAUUAACUACAAAUCAGAAACAGAUGGGACAGUAUGGAAAAGUAUUUAUCUUAAAUUAAAACUGUUAUCUCAUUUGGCAAUUUAAACCCCAAAGUGUUUCAUGAUUUAUUUCAUUAACUUAAUUUAAUUUGUUAAGAUCUAUUUUUACAUUUCAGACCUGCAAGCUGUAAAGCUUUAAACGCUUUUAAAUGUUUUUUUCUAUUUAAAUCCUUCUCCCGACAUUUAAAAGACAUUUAUCCGUUGAGAACACCAAGUGAUGAAGAGUUCCAGCUCUUAUUUAGUCUCAUUCUUCCAGCAAACACAUCUUAAAUAAUUUCUAAUUUCUCCAAAAUUCUGUAUUUUAAGUAAGACUGCAGACUCUGGUCCAGUACCCGUAUCUUCUUAUUCCUCAGUCAUACUGCAGUAACGUGUACACAAUGUGGUUGAAAACCUCAUUGAAAAAGAUUUGGUCUUGAAGGCAACAUAUGUUGCAUUAAAAUCCCUGUGAACUUCUCUGCAUUGAUGCUGCAGAACCCUGAUCCGACCCCAUACCAUCACAGAACCCUAAUCCGAUCCUGAUCCGAUCCAUGCCAUUGCAGAACCCUGAUCCGACCCUGAUCCGACCCAUACAUCGCAGAGCCCUGAUCCGACCCUGAUCCAAUCCAUACCAUCACAGAACCCUGAUCUGACCCUGAUCCAACCCAUACCAUCACAGAACCCUUAUCCGACCCUGAUCCAACCCCAUACCAUCACAGAACCCUAAACCGACCCUGAUCUGAUCCAUGCCAUCGCAGAACCCUGAUCCGACCCUGAUCCGAUCCAUGCCAUCGCAGAACCCUGAUCCGACCCUGAUCCGAUCCAUGCCAUCGCAGAACCCUGAUCCGACCCUGAUCUGACCCAUACAUCGCAGAGCCCUGAUCCGACCCUGAUCCAAUCCAUACCAUCACAGAACCCUGAUCCAACCCUGAUCCAACCCAUACCAUCUCAGAAACCCAAUCUGACCCUGAUCCGACCCAUACCAUCACAGAACCCUGAUUUGACUCUGAUUCAACCCAUACCAUCACAAACUUUGAUCUGACCCUGAUCCGACCCCAUACCACCACAGAACCCUGAUCCAACCCUGAUCCAACC